UCGUAAUGUAUUGUAGAGAAUCUUCACAUUCAUUGUUUUCUCUCUCUUCUUUCUCUCUCUAAUACUAUUAUCUAUACCAUCACCACCGAAGUUGAAAAAAUUCGAUAGCAAAAUCAAAACCCUUUUUGGGUUCCUUUCAUUUUUUUCUUUCAAUUCUUAUUCUUCACCAAUAACAAAAAAAAAAACGCAGGUUACCCUUAUCGAAUCGAAUCCCAAAGUUCGUUUUUUUCGUACCAAUUUUCAUUCAUGGGUGAACUCGUUGAAAUUGGAGCUGAAAUUGGCUCAGAUUUAGAUGUCGACGAUAUUAGAUAUCACAAUAUUCCAGAGAAAGAUGUCAGUGAUGAAGAGAUUGAGGCAGAAGAUUUGGAGAGGCGGAUGUGGAAGGAUCGUAUCAAACUCAAAAGGCUCAAGGAAAAACAAAAGCUUGAAGCGCAGAAAGCCCUAGAGAAGCAAAAGCCGAGGCAGUCAUCUGAUCAAGCUCGCAGGAAGAAAAUGUCGAGGGCACAAGAUGGGAUUCUUAAGUACAUGCUGAAGCUCAUGGAAGUCUGCAAAGCUCGUGGAUUUGUGUAUGGAAUCAUUCCUGAGAAGGGAAAACCAGUUAGUGGUUCAUCUGAUAACAUUAGAGCUUGGUGGAAAGAAAAGGUGAAGUUUGAUAGGAAUGGUCCUGCAGCCAUAGCAAAGUAUGAAGCAGAGUGUCUUGCUAUGAGCGAGGCUGAAAAUAACCGAAAUGGGAACUCCCAGAGCACGCUCCAAGACCUGCAAGAUGCAACGCUCGGGUCGCUAUUAUCUUCUUUGAUGCAACACUGUGAUCCUCCUCAGAGGAAAUAUCCAUUGGAAAAGGGUGUUCCUCCGCCUUGGUGGCCAACCGGGAAUGAAGAUUGGUGGUCGCACUUGAAUCUACCUCAUGGUCAGAGUCCUCCUUAUAAGAAACCACAUGACUUGAAGAAGAUGUGGAAAGUGGGAGUGCUAACUGCUGUUAUAAAGCACAUGUCACCUGAUAUUGCAAAAAUAAGGAAGCAUGUCCGCCAAUCAAAAUGCUUGCAAGACAAGAUGACGGCAAAGGAAAGUUCAAUUUGGUUGGGGGUAUUGAGUCGAGAAGAAGCUCUCAUUAGGCAGCCUAGUAGUGAUAACGGUACGUCUGGAAUUACCGAUAUGCCAACUGGCGUUCUUCUUCUCGAGUAUAAGCAACCUGCUGCUAGUAGUGCUAGCAACUAUGAUGUUGAUGGUACCGACGAAGGUGUUGGUUCUGUUUCUUCUAAGGAAGACAGGAGCAAUCAGUUUAUGGAUACCGAACCAUCAGAUAACUCGCGAAGGAAUUCUGUCCAAGAUUCCGAUCGACCUAAGAAGAAACCAAGGCCAAAACGACCACGUUCGAGGCCAAGUGCAGCCGACACAUUACCAGCACAAUCUGACAAUGAAAUUUUGCAUGUUGAACCUAGAAGUAAACUGCCGAAUAUGAAUGAGAGAGACGAAACACAUGUAGCUGCACUCCAGAUUCAUGGGAAUGAACAGGUCAAUGGGACAGAAUCUGUUUUGAGGCCGCCGGAAAUAAGACACGAGGGGCCAAGUCAUUUAUCAGGACACGAGGUGCCAGUUCAUUUAUCAGGACACGAGGUGGCAGUUCAUGUACCAGCACCCGGGUUUGAUCAUUACUCUUAUAUGCAUGCAAAUAGCAUUAUUUCCUCGCAAAGUGCGUAUAUGAGUAGACGGCCACCGCUGCACUAUUCUCAGUUGCAAAACCCUGAUAUGCCUCAUGAAGCUGCUUAUAAUCUGUACAAUUCAGUCACAGGAUAUGGUCCUAGUCGGGAUGGGCAACAUCAACAACUGCAGCCUGGUCCCGCCGCAAACAGUGAACCAAUUAGGCAACCAGAGAAUGCUGCAAUAACUAUGCCUGCAGCAAAUGUGAAUGGUGAUGAAAUUAUCGGAGGAGGCAUGAAUUAUAUUGCUAAAGACACAUUCCCAAACGAGCUGGAUAGGUUUGGAUCACCGUUGAGUAACAUGUCAUUUGAUUUUGGAGUUCUUGACAAUCCACCAUCACCGCCAUUCCUUUUAGAUGAUUUCAUGGGUUUGGGUGACGAUGAAAUGAUGCAGUACUUUGGAGCAUAGAAGAUUAUUGAAAUUAGUGACUCAGCAGAAGCUGAACUACAGAAAUUCAAGGACUUGUUGUUCGAAUGCGUGAAGGUUCGCAGAUUGAUAUUAACAUUUAUGCAGUUUGAGGCAGAAAGGUAUAGUCUUGACAUUGAGAAGUCUUAAAUUUGCAGAACAUGAAGAACUGAUGUCUGAAUUUUGUUCAAUUAAUGACCCCAUUAUCAUGUCAAUAUGUUUGGGGUUUCAUGUAAAUGUAACUAUUGCUGUUGGGCUGGCUGAAUAUUUAGGUUAAUUUCUUUGGGAUAGGAUUGCUGCAAUGCUUCUAAAUUUAAUAAAAUUAUCAGUGUUUUGUGGUUUCCUAUGCUA